AUGCAGGACCAUGGAGGAGAUAGACAGGUCGCCAGCAGUCUGCCUCACAGCGUCAAGGCGAGCCUGUCUCUUUCUCCAUCUGGGCCGGGACGGGUGGGCAGUGGUGGGGGCUCCCCUACAUCCAAGAUGGGCUACUGUGGAGGGGUGCCUGUGGAGGACAUGCAGGCCUUGGCUAUCACCUCUUUGUCAGCAGCAGAUGUAGCCAAACAGUAUGAGCACAUCCGCGAGCUGGGGAAGGGCACAUACGGCAAGGUGGAUCUGGUGGCACACAGAACCCAAGGUACCAAAAUGGCACUGAAGUUUGUUACCAAGAACAAGACGAAACUCAAGAGUUUCCUGCGGGAGUACAGUCUAACAGGCUCACUUAGCUGCAGCCCUUUCAUCAUCAGAGUCCUGGAUGUCCUUUUUGAGACAGAGGACAGCUAUGUGUUUGGACAAGAAUAUGCCCCCGCCGGGGACCUUUUCGACAUCAUUCCCCCACAGGUGGGUCUGCCAGAGGAGAUGGUAAAGCGCUGCAUGCAACAACUGGGUUUGGCCCUGGACUUUAUGCACAGUAAAAGUCUGGUACAUCGGGAUGUCAAACCAGAGAAUGUGCUUCUUUUUGACCGUGAGUGCCGCCGCAUCAAGCUGGCUGACUUUGGCAUGACCCGACGAGUGGGCUGCCGUGUGAAACGGGUGAGUGGCACUAUCCCCUACACAGCACCAGAGGUGUGCCGCGCCAGCCGUGCUGAGGGUUUCCUGGUGACCACCAGUCUGGAUGUGUGGGCAUUCGGCGUACUGGUCUUCUGUAUGCUAACAGGCAAUUUCCCCUGGGAGGCAGCGCUACCUGCUGAUGCAUUCUAUGAGGAGUUUCGACGCUGGCAGAAAGCAGGGUGUCCUGUAGGAACAUACCCAUCCCAGUGGCGCCGCUUCACUGAUGAUGCCUUGCGCAUGUUUCAGAGGCUGUUAGCUUCUGAGCCAGAAAAACGUUGUGGAGUCAAGGAUGUCUUCUGCUUUGUCAAGUAUGAGUUGGUCAGCGAGCUCAGGCGCAGAGCAUCUUGCCGAGCCAAGAGAGGUGAGAGGUCAAGCUCAGGAGUGUGCACUGGCAGUUGCAAUUCUUCCUCGUCAUCAUCAUCAUCACGUCCCUCCCACAGACACCCUGAGCCUUCCACUCCUCCAGGAACAUCAUGUCUUCGCCCCGCACCACUCAAACGUAGUGUCCUAUCUGACCCAUUGUCUCCCAGAGAGGAGUCUGGACAGCACCAGUCUCCAGGCCGAGACAAGAACAAAAGUCAGAUGGUGAUGGCAACUGCCAUCGAAAUCUGUGUGUGA